UUUCUUUUUAGAAAGAAGAGGCUUUGUCCCGGUGACGAUUCCAACGAUUCCAGCUGCUCCUUGCUGCUGCUUACCUUCUUAAUUCCUAUCGAAGCAACUAAGGUGACAGGACACACCUGCUUCUGAGUCUCCUGAUCUCAUAUAAGCAGCAUUUGCCUCAGCCUCUUCUCAGCAGUCUGCACCUGACCGGCUCAGGAUCACCUUGCACUUACACGCUUCCCAAAAGAAGGAAAAGUCAAGUCCGUCAGCAUGCCUGCCAGCCUGAGCGGCAAAUGGGAGAUGAUCAGCAAUGUCAACUUUGACAACUACAUGAUUGCGCUGGGCAUAAGCGCUUCCUUACGAAAAAUUGCUGCAAAACUUACCUUAAAGAAAACAAUUGAGCGGCAGGGGGACCAGUUCAUCAUCAAAACCACGAGCACUUUCCGAAACUACACGGUCACCUUCAAAGUGGGCCAGGAAUUUAACGAGUUUACAAAGGGACUAGACAACAGACACCUGAAGUCACUCGUGAGAUGGGAGGGGAACAAACUAAUAUGUGAACAGACUGGAGAGAAGAAGAACAGGGGAUGGACUCACUGGAUUGAAGAUGACAAGCUUCAUCUGGAGCUGUUCUGUGAAGGACAAGUCUGCAAGCAGGUUUAUAAGAACGUUUCAAAGACGAGAGAAGAAGAAUGAAGAGUUGGAGGAGGAUCUUGAGGUGGUCCAGAAUUAGAAGGCUUUAUGGAGUAGAUCCAUCAGCGUAAAACCCUGACUGUGAAACCCACCCCGAGAGUUGCGACUGGUGUCUUCCCCGUUGCUUAUAUACUCGGUUCAAAUGGAAACGUCUGUACUCUCAGGGUAUGCAUUUACACCACUAGAUGGUAUCGCUGCAAUACUUUUGUCAGAUGCUGGUGUGUCUGGUCCAGCAGCCUGUUGGUGCGUGCCUCUAUCCCAAACCGUCAAGAAUGUUUAUAGCACCAUUCAGCUGGCUGAAAAAAUGUAUUUUUUGUUAAAUAUUUAGAGCUACGAGAAAAAGGAGACACGGGUGCUGCUUGUGCUCUCCGUCGUGCAUUUUGUUCAAUGUUUUCUGUAAAUUUCUCAUUCAUGCAAGAACAUUUAUAACCAGUGUAACUGAAAGUUAUUCAUAGGAUGUUUGGAAUACAGUUUUGUUGUAUGUAAUAUGUGAGUAAGAAAAAUAAA